GAUAUUUUGUAAGCCAUGUGGUUAACUAGAAUCUUAUGCAAGCGACAUAUACCUGGAAGGAUUUAUGGCGGGUAAUUAUACUUUCAUUAACGUGUUUGUUCGGAGAAUAUAACUCUAAUCAACUAUCUGCUGCUCUCUGAAAACUGUAGACCAUCAAUGAUUGUGAUCAAACUUAAUUAAUUUUGAGUCAUCCAUCGGCAAGGAAGGGAUAAGGGCCUAUUUGAAAAAUUUGAUCAAGGAAUAACACACAAAAAUGAUUUGGAAAAUGGUUUUGUGGUUGUGUAGUACUUUGUUGUUAAAACGCAGCAAGAUGAUACGAUCGAAAUGUUAGCAUUUUACAUGUGCACUGUAGAUGGCGGUGGUGGUGGUGGUGGGGGGGCGUCGUUGGUUGGGGUGGUAGGGAUAUGGAAAGCAGUACAUUUAAGAACCUGUGAUAUUGUUUUGGGAGUUUUUGGAAAUUGUUAACAAUCAGUUCAUUUUGAAAGGUAAUGUUACAAGCAUGGAGUGACUAAUUCUGGAAUUUUGGUCUUUUUGCUUGUGGUAUGCACAAUUUAAAGUGGCUCUGUAUGUGCAAGGUUUUGUGAAGCCCUGAUACUCUCUGUGGAAUAAGUGACAGCUGUCAUUGAAUGGAAGCCAUCAUGAGGUCAUGCAGAGCUUGACAGCUAAUUCCUACAAGUCUGUCAUGGAAAAUUAUUAGCUGUGAUGUAAUUGGCUGUCAGACUCUGGCACAAUCCAAAGUGACAAAAAAACUACUGAGUAUUACAGGCAGAAAAACUAACCAAUCACUUAUGGCAAACCAGACUAAUGACAUUGGAUUGACAAAACUUCUGUUUACAAGGUUUUUUAAAACAUCAGCUACUGUCUCUGAAAACAGUUCUUUACAGUAUUACCUUCAUUCUACAGUGUAUAUUUUCAACUGUUAUAGCUGUACUUCCAUAAUGAAAAUAUAACAGUUACCAAGGUACAGGUUAUUAAUUGCCUUUGCUAUGCGAAGAUUAAUGGCAGUGGAAGAUGUGAGGGUCUUUAAAGACAUGGUGAAAGAAUUAAUGUUAAUUUCCUCAUUUUGUUAAAUGUACUUUUCAGGAAGUACCGUCUUGUGAAAAGGGAAACACCAACCAUCAGGCGAACUAAAGUGAAAAAUGAAUUGAGAUUACAAAGAAAUGAGAGUCUUCUGGCAGUUCCCUAUUUGACACAGGUAGGUUUAAAAGUACCAAGUUUUAAAUCACAAGUUUAAGUAGUCCUCAGAGUUGUCAUUAAAAGCUGGUGUGUGGCUGCAAACCCACUGGCUGUCAUGAUACUUUAAGCUGGCUACUUCUUGAUUUUUGAUGAAAGACAGAAAAUAAGUAUCUUUGACAAGGUAACUUGUUAUUCUCAAGUGAGUUGAUAACAUAAGUUGGCCACUGCUAAGAGUCUCAAAGCUGGCAUUUCAGGCAUUAGUUCUUCAUACUAGUAUUCUAUUUGGUGCAUUUGGAUAAUAGAUAGAUUAUUACAACCUUUUUUAACCCUCUGAAAUAUUAUAUGUGUUUCCUUAGAUCUCCACAUCAUGACUGACAAUGCCUUAACAAGCAAUUUGCAUAAUACAUUGUGUCUAUUGCAUGAUGCAUUAUGAGAAGGCACAGUAGGAACUAAGAAUUUGUAGAACAUAUUUCCAUUUUUUAAAUUUUGAAAAGGUUAAGAAAAAUUAUUGUUUUCUAUUUUUCUAUUUUCUGAUAUAGGCACAAGAAUUUGAACAUGCUUGGGAAAGGAAACAAGAAGAACAGAGGAUGUUUAAUGAAGCUUGGCAAAAACACAAAACCAAAAAACUGAAGAAUGUGUAUGCCUUCGGACCUCUAAGUCAAGGGAAAAAGGAAAACAUUAUGGAACACUUAAAUGCAACAAGAACUAAACAUGAAUGAUUAAGAUUUUUAAACAUCUGUCACUCUACAUUCAUAAAAUGUCAUCAUUGCAAGUCAGUGGAUACCAUCAGAACUACCAGUACAUGUGCAUGCAGACUUGACAUUGGUGUCUAUCAGUACUAGUGCUUGGGUCAAAAAUAGUGAAGGAAGCAUUGCAUUCUACUUAGGAUUUCACAUAGUCAUAGGAAAAGCACAGCACAAGUACUAUAUUACAAUUUUAAAAUUUUAGCAAUGUUAAUUUUGUAAAUUUUCAAAGUUUAUAAUUGUAGAAUUCACAUGAUGUAAGUGGUGAGUUUUACACACAACUUUAAGCAAAAAUUUACCUUUUCACUCCCAAGAUCUGAUUGUUAAUUCUCCCCUCCAGCUGCUACUCAUUUCCUUGUAAAUUGGUUAUAAGAAUGUGGUGUAAGAUCAAGUUGACAACUUUCACCAGAUAAGUUUGAGUAUUCUCAUGACCACUAUCAUCACUAAAGAGAUAGGGCUCACUCACUCACAUUAUGAAAAAAAGUCAGAAAAGGGGAUAUUAAUCCUUAAAGCUUGAAUUUAUGUUUUGGAUAGCAUCAUUGUUUGGUUGGAUUAUGUUUGAAGGAAUUUUAAUGUUAAUGGAUAUUGUGGUCAAUUAACUCAAGAACAAAAAUUCGUUCAUUAGUCCAGCGUAAACUUUUAGAGGGCUUUGUGUAAUGACUUUGUUUUAGGUGCCAAAUGCACUCAACCACCAUAAGUUGGUGAACUAAAUAUGUUCCCAGAAUUUAAUGUGAUGAGCUCUGGUUAAAGCCAGUGCCAAGGAAACUUUGUUUGCACAUUAACAGAGAACAUGCGUCAAAGAAACUUUUGGAAUUAAAUGUCUUGGUGUAAAAAUUUGUUUAUUUACUUACCUUGGUUGUUUAUCUUAAAAGCUUUCAAAAGUCAAUGGCAGUGAGGGGAACUAAACCAAAAGUUUAGGUUACCUUAGAGGAAUGGUUCGACACUGAUGAUUGGCUCAGAAACAAUUUUGAACAAUAAAUUGGCAGCAGGC